GCAGGUGGGGUUAGACGUGCGGCCACACACCUCCCCCGCGUGCUGUCAUGACCCGCACCACCUCGCAGCCUCCCUCUCCAUCCCUGAUCUGAUUUAGCCCUCGCCAAGGAGCCAUAAAAGUUUCAUGGGCGUAAUAAAGGAAUGCAGCGAGCCGACGACGUGGAUUAAAGUGAAAGAAGUGCAUGUUUGUGUUUUCCAGUGCCGCGAGGAAUUCAAAAGCUACAAGAACUCACGCGCGCUCACUUCGGGUGCCACUCAACCUCACUUUCCCGGCAGGAGUGAGUGUGUGAGGAUGUGCGCGCGCGGAUAAUUAGUCAAGCGGGAGGAUGAGGCAAACAAGGCGCCGACACUGAGAGCCUUGAUUUGAGGGGCGCCGCCAGCCAUGCACCUUAGCCGGUCUGCAGGGGUGGCAGUGGCGGCGAUGGCAGCGAUGGUCGUAUCCGCGUUGCCUCUCCGGGUCAGCGGCCAGCCUGUGCGGGGGGCGGCCAACGUGAGCGUGAGGGUGCGGGGGUCGGCCAGCAGCGACAGGAGUAGCAGCCCCCAGCCCGUGAGAGUGGCCGCCGCCGCCCCCCACCGCGAGAGGCUGGAGGCUGCACGAAGACUUCUCAACAGCUCUCCUCUAGUGGACGGACACAGCAAGGUGGCGUGGAGGCUUCACAACACAGUGCCGUCGACAGCCAAGCGCCUCAACGGGACAACGGACUUCGGGGCGCAGCUACGGAGCGGCAUGGUGGCGGCGCAGUUCUGGUCCGUGGCUGUCCCGUGCGAGGCCCAGUACCUCAACACGGUUCAGCUGGUGCUCGAACAAGUGGACCUUCUGAAGCGGGCCAUCACGACCUUCAGCCACCACCACGCCACUCUCGUCCACUCCGUCGCGGAGAUCCAAGAGGCGUUCCGGCGCGGGCGUGUGGGCGGCGUGCUGGGCGUGGCUGGCGGGCAUGGUCUCGGCAGCAGCAUGGGCGUGGUGCGGGCGCUCUAUGAUUUGGGCGUGCGCUGUCUCACCCUCACCCACGGCUGUCACACGCCCUGGGCUGAAUGCGUUGAGGGUGGACUACCUUCCCCAAAUACUCAAGGACUAACCCCGUAUGGCAAGGAGUUGGUGCUGGAGAUGAACCGCGUGGGCCUCCUACUGGACCUCUCCCACGCCUCUGCCUCCACCCUUCACGACGUCCUAGCCACCUCCCGAGCCCCCGUCAUCGUCUCCCACGCCGCCGCCCGCGCCCUCUGCCCCGCGCGGACCAACCUCCACGACCAAACCCUCUCCACUCUGGCCGAGAAGGGUGGCGUGGUUCUGGUAACAUUUGAUCCCGCCUCCCUCACUUGCGGCCGUCCUGCCUCCGUAAGAGAUGUGGUGGCCCACAUCAACCACGUGCGGACCAUGGCGGGAGUGGACCACGUGGGGCUCGGUGCCGGCUACAACGUAUUUAACAGUACGCCACGGGGCCUAGAGGACGCCAGCCGCUACCCUGAGGUGUUCGCCGAGCUGCUCAAGGACGCUUCGUGGUCGCUGCAAGACCUGAAGAAGCUGGCGGGACUCAACCUCCUGCGGGUGAUGCGGCAAGUGGAGGAGGUGAAGGAGGAGCUAGCCGUGGAGCCUCCGUCCGAAGAGAUCAUUCCCAUCCACGACAUCGACACGCGCUGGCCCUGCCGGUACAAGUUCAGCCGCCUCGACCUCCCGCACACCUGACCCUCGACCUUGACCCUGCCCUUUUGAUCCUUUUCCCUCCCCUGAUCCUCCCUUGACCCUCCCGUGAUCAUCCCUUUUCCCCUUGACCCUCCUUUGACCUUUUCUACACCCUGCCUUGACCCUCCUUUGACUCUUCCUUGACCUAUUGACCUUUCCUUUUGACCCUUUGACCCUCCUUUGACCUAUUUGACCUUCCUCUUUGACCCCUUAAUCCUCCCUUGACCUUCUGUGAACCCUUCCUUGACCCUUUGACCCUAUCUUGAUCAUUUGACCUUUCCCUGACCUUUUCUACAUUCUUUCUUGACCUUGGAAAUCACCUUACCUUACUUUACCUUGCCUCACCUUACUUUACCUUACCUUGCCUUACCUAACCUUACCUUGCCUUACCUUACCUCACCUUACCUUACUUUACCUUACCUAACCUUACCUUAACUUACUU